AUGGCGCCGCGGGCCUUUGCGGUGCUCCCUUUAGUUGCACUUGUGUAUGGCCCAACGCUCUGGGUUUGUCCGCGAGUGCACCGGUCACGUGGCAUCAGGCGAAUGGGCCGAGCAGCGACCAGCUCUGACAUCUCCGCAAGUUUUGACAGCUUUGCAAACUUCCUUCAGCAGCAACAGAGUGAAAUCAUCCAUCAGCUGGAGGACAUCGAGACGGCAAGCUUUUGCUGUGACCCCUGGGGUAGCGUCGAUACGGGCAGCGGCGGCAUCACACGCGUUCUUCAGGGCGGCAGUGUCAUUGAGAAGGGUGCUUGCAGCUUUACAUGCAUCCGAGGCGGGAAUCUCUCGGCGGAACGGGCCAAGGCCAUCCGAGCACGGCAGGAGGAUGUCCUUGUGCAAGCAGGGGAUGCCUUCGCAGCAACAGCCUUGAGCAUGGUCCUGCACACAAAAAGCCCCUUGGUCCCGACGUUUCGAUCCGAUGUGCGAAUCUUUUGGGUACAAUCGGCCAAUGGUCAAGAAGUUGCCUGGCUGGGAGGGGGCGCGGAUCUCACACCGUACUAUCUGAAUGAAGAGGACAUCCAGUCCUUCCAUGAGAUGUACUGCAAGCUGUGCUCAGGAGCAAAGCUUGACCGGCACCCUGGCUUCAAUUACCAAGCAAUGAAAGAGUCAUGCGAUGACUACUUCUACUUGCCAGCGAGGCAGGAGCACCGAGGGACAGGAGGUAUUUUUUUUGAUGACUUACCAGUUGAUGCAGAUACCUUGGACUUUGCCCGGGGAGUGGUCACAACUUGGAUGGCAUCCUGGCUUCCUAUAGUCAAGCGACAUCGAGACGAUGAGUUUUCGGCGAAACAAAAACAGUGGCAACUUCUGCGCAGAGGUCGCUAUCUUGAGUUCAACCUUUUGUAUGAUCGUGGCGUGAAAUUCGGCCUUGCCAAUGCCAACCCUCGGGUUGAGGGAGUUAUGGUGUCAGCACCACCGGUGAUCGCCUACGAAUAUAACCACAGAGUGGAAGAAGGAAGUCCUGAAGCUGAGCUGCUGCAGGUCCUGCGGAAGCCAAGAGGAUGGGUGAACAAGUGA